AUGUCGUCAACGGAAAUAGACAAAUUUAUGAAUAUCGCCAAUUCUAUCUAUAAAUGUCUGGGCAUCGUGUCAUAUCAUAAAACUGGACGUCUUCAGCAAAGAUCCUGGACUUAUGCAGUCAUUUUUGCGAUAAGCGUUUUUGAUUUAGCAACUGUCGCUUUAGCAGAGACUACGUUUAUAAUAUUGAACUAUAGAAAUAAUAAUUACGCUGAUAUUGCCUCUACAUUUUCUUAUCUUGGUUUCGCUAUUUUGGGCUUAUUUAAAAUACUGUUCGUACUGUAUAAGAAGAAGGAUUUGACCAAUUUAAUGAAGCAACUUGAAAAAUUAUUUCCGAAAAAUAAUGCCGAAAAAGAACAAAUCGAACUGAAAAAGUAUUUAAACUAUUGCAGAAAUGUUUCAAUAGGUUUUACCAUAUUGAACAUAAUUCUCAUAGCGACUUAUAAUCUGUAUGCCAUAACUGAGUAUUUACUGUAUGAACGCUUGCUUAAAACACGCAUUGUUGGUAAAAACUUACCUUAUGUGAUGUACAUACCAUGGGAUUGGAGAGACAAUUGGACGUAUUAUUUCCUGUAUGCUUUUGAGGAUCUUGCUGGUUUUGUGGCUUCAACGGGGCAAUUAGCUGGAGAUUUGACCUUAUCUGCAGUAUCAGUACAACUUAUAAUGCAUUAUGAUAAUAUAGCUAGACUUAUAGCAGAAUAUAAAGUCAAAGCAACUGAAAAUAGCGUGACAUAUGAAAAAGAUUAUAAGGAGGAUGUAACAUAUUUGGCGAAUGUUGUAGUUUACCAUGAAGCAGUUUUAAAGCUUUCCGAUAUAACGAAUACCAUUUUUGGUAUACCUCUACUAGUUAACUUCAUGUCCUCUUCAUUUAUUAUAUGUUUCGUGGGAUUUCAAAUAGCUCUCGGCGCUCCGGCAGAUGCGCAAAUAAAAUUGUUUUUAUUUUUAGUUGCUUUAUCUGCACAAGUGUAUUUAGUUUGUCAUCACGGACAGUUGCUAAUUGAUUCGAGUGUAGGUAUAUCUUACGCUGUCUAUGAACAUAAUUGGAUUAAUGCUGAUAUCCGUUUUAAAAAAAUGUUAGUGUUUAUGGCUAGACGCGCACAACAGCCCGCUCUCCUUAAAGCUACAGUUUUUGUGGAUAUAUCACGUAGUACUAUGACUGAUGUUAUACAAAUGUCAUAUAAGUUCUUUGCACUCUUACGCACCAUGUAUUCUGACUAA